AUGCACGGAACGACGUUCAUCGAAGGGAUGGCCGCUCUCAACUACAAAACCGAUGACAGUAGCGGCAUGGUCCUGUUGUCCGGAAAUUCACAUCCAGAACUCUCUCGACUUGUCUCCGACCGACUUGGAAUUCGUCAAGGAGAAGUUAUUGUCUACAACAAAACGAAUAGAGAAACUUCUGUCGACAUCAAGCAGUCAGUUCGCGGGAAACACGUUUUCAUCCUGCAAAGCGGAUCAAAGAAUGUGAACAAUGACGUCAUGGAGCUGCUUAUUCUCAUCUAUGCAUGUAAAACAUCGAUGUCGAAGACGAUUACUGUAAUGAUGCCAUAUUUACCGUAUUCGAAACAGUGCCGAAUGUUGAGAAGAUCGUCGAUUCCAAUGAAACUUAUUGCGGAGAUGAUCUGCAGAGCUGGUGCUUCUCGUCUAGUAUCAUUAGAUCUGUACAAGAAAGAAAUUCAAGGAUUCUUCUCUAUACCCGUGGAUAAUCUUCGAGCAUCACCGUUUCUUCUUCAGUACAUUAAAGAAUAUAUUCCGGACUACAAAAAUGCCAUAAUCGUUGCCAAAUCUCCAGGGGUAAUGAAUAAAGCCACGUCAUACGCGGAUAGACUUCGCCUGGGUGUGGCAGUGAUUCAUGGUGAGCAGAAAGACUCGGAAGAGUCAGGUCUUGAGGAUGGUCGACAAAGUCCGCCGCCCAAUUAUGCACCGUUUGAACUGUUUCCGUCACAGGAACCAAAGCAGAAGCCGCCUUUAACCGUUGUUGGAGAUGUUGGAGGUCGAAUUGCAAUCAUGGUGGAUGACAUUAUCGAUGAUGCGCAAUCGUUUGUCGCUGCCGCGGAGGUGCUGAAAACACGAGGAGCAUACAAGAUUUAUGUGAUAGCCACUCAUGGAGUGCUGAGUUCGGAUGCUCCAGCAUUACUGGAAGCGUCGCCUAUCACUCAGGUGAUCGUAACGAAUACAGUUCCCCAUGAAGUCCAGAAAAUGCGUUGUCACAAAAUAAAGACAGUGGACAUCUCGCUGAUGUUAUGUGAAGCUGUACGUCGUAUCUACCACAACGAAUCUAUGGGACAACUUUUCCGUGAUAUUACUCUGGAUGAUUAG